AUGGGAUUAAGCGGGACAAGGGUGGGAGCCGCUCUGGCCACCCACGACGUCGCCUCCGGGGUAGGCGCCACCGCCUCUGAUGCCACCGGCCUCGACGAUGGCCCUGGCACGUGCGUCACCGUCUCCAUCGCGACUGCCGGAGCGGGCGUUUCCAUCCCUGCCGCCGCUGCGGCCUCCGUCGCGGCCGCUGGGGCAGGCGUCCCCACCCCCUUCGCGGUCUCCGAGGCAAGCGUUCCCGCCCCCGCCACCGCCGGCAUCUCCGUCGUGGCCGCUGGGGCAGGCUUCCCCACCCCCAUCAACGCCGACGUCUCCGUCGCGGUCGCUGGGGUAGAUAUCCCCACCUUCGCUGCCACUGCUGACCCCGUCGCGGCCGCAGAGGCGGACGCUAUCUCCGUUGCGAUCACUGGGGCAACCGUCCCCAUCUCCGCCGCUGCCCUCUCAGCCGCCGCCGCCGGAGCCGCAGGCUCUUCCUCCGCCUUGUCAUCGAGGUCUAUCACUUCGCCGGUCGGAGGGACCCCAGGGGCAACACCUUGUCCCGUAGGGUCGGCCGCAGAGGCAGAAGGCGGAGCAGGGGUCGGACCCUACCCUGUGCCCGGCUGCGGCAGCCUUCCUCCAGUUGCCGUCGUGGAGGCCGCCUCCGCGGUAGGCUCCGUGGUCUCUCCGGCGACACCGCCGCUCGCCGUCGGCGGGGUCGCGGCUUGCCCCGCGGAGGUGGACGACACCCAUAGCGCCUUCUUCGGCCCCAACGGCGGGACGAAGCCCCGAGGGGCGGUGCUGUGGAACAACAGCAACAUCAUCAAAAACGGCUUGACGCCAGGAAAGGAACAAGAUGCGCGAGGAAUUUUCACUUACACUCCCUCAACGCGAGGACGGCGGGCGUGUUUCGCCUCCGAGCCCGACGCCGACCCUAGGGCAUCUGGCAGCGGCCGCUUGCCGCUACCCCUCUGCUCUUGGGACACGGGCAGACGGUCAGGGGUCGGCUCCAUUGACUCCCAGGUCGCGCCCCGCGCUGACCCCUAG